AUCAAUGGUGCAUCUAUGCAGCGUCUCAAACUCACAACGUUGCUGCUGCUCUCACCGUCACCACCACCACCCUUGCAUUGCUCUCACAGUUCCCUGAAGUGCUUCUCUUCCAUUUCUUCUUCUUCAAGUGUCUCGCCUUGGUCUGGUCUCCAUUCAUGGAGAAACAGUCCUCUCAAUGAGAAUCGCAAGUGGGGUCCACUUGGUCCUCAACAUCAACUCGAACCUGACCUCAAUCACUCUCCAUUCGGUGAAGCUUCUUCUUUGGCAGAGUUUGGUUCUAUUGUUCUUUCCACCACUGACCCUCUACAAAAAUCGCAUCUUUCCCACGUCGCAUACUCUCUCUGGCGCAGCCGUAACCUCCCCCUUGGUCAGUCAGACCCUCCCUCUCGACCCGCCCGACCGGAAAGACCUCAACUGGUUUCCACAAAGGAAAUUCCUGCUCCUAAAAACUCGGGUUUGCCUCUGAAUGCUUAUUUGCUUCAUAAUCUAGCGCAUGUGGAGCUCAAUGCAAUUGAUUUGGCUUGGGAUACUGUCGUUCGGUUUUCUCCAUAUAGUGAUAUUCUUGGGGAGGGUUUCUUUGCUGAUUUUGCUCAUGUUGCUGAUGAUGAGAGUCGCCACUUCUCUUGGUGUUCGCAGAGGCUUGCCGAACUGGGUUUCAAAUAUGGAGAUAUGCCGGCUCACAAUUUGCUAUGGAGGGAAUGUGAGAGAUCGUCGGACAAUGUUGCUGCACGUUUGGCAGUGAUCCCAUUAGUCCAGGAGGCUAGAGGACUUGAUGCCGGGCCACGGUUGGUGCAAAAAUUAGUUGGCUUUGGAGAUAAUAGGACUUCUAAAAUUGUGGCUAAAAUUGCUGAAGAGGAAGUUGCACAUGUAGCAGUUGGGCUCUACUGGUUUCUUUCUGUCUGUCAAAAAAUGGGUCGGGCACCGGACUCCACUUUUAAAGACUUGCUAACUGAAUACAAUGUGGAACUAAAGGGUCCCUUCAAUUAUGCCGCUCGAGAGGAAGCUGGCAUUCCCCGUGAUUGGUAUGAUGCACCGUCAAGUAAUCAAGACAAGAAGGUCAAAGAUGACAAUAAAAAACAGCUCUCUGAAGUUUAUGAGAGGGUAGCUACCAUCAUUGCUAUGGAAAGAGAGAAUUCAAGUUUGACAAGGCCACCUGAAUGAUCUUGGCAUGAUAUUUCUGUUUUCAACAGAAAAGAUAUUGUCUAAUAUUGGACCUGUAUGAUAUACUUUGUAGUGAUGAGUUUGGUGAAGAAAUUAUUUCAUUAGCAACAUUGUCAACUUUGACCGCAAGUGCUGUUGCAAUUUCCGAAAUCCAUUCGUCCUUGCAUCCACCAUCGAUGAUAAGCUUGACCAAGAGGGAGUGGCAAAAUUGUUUACUUUGCAACGAUAUAAAAUUAUACCAAGUGUUGCCUGUUAAUAUAGACAUUGAUGUACAUAUACACAAAAUGUAUGAAUGCCUAAGAUCAUUAGAGGCUAAUAAUAGCAAUACAUCAAAUGAUCAUUGAUUCUUUUCUAAGGAUCAUAGCUUAGUUUAUUUUAUUAGAGUGCCUUGUAUGACUCACACAUAACCACAUGCCUUCAAAUCCUCGUUAUAUUAUUUAAAUGUCAAAUGCACUUUACACCCUAA